CCUUCCAGCUAAACUGAAAGUCAGAAGUUGAAGACGCUGAGCGCGGGCUGGCCAAGAGACUCCACACCCUCCUGAGAAGGGUAUAAAAGCCGGCAAUGGCAAAAUUCCUCUCCCACCACCAAAUCAAUGAGUUCAAGGAAUGUUUUUCCCUUUAUGAUAAGAAACACAAAGGCAAGAUCAAGGCCAGUGACCUCAUCACCGUCAUGCGCUGCCUGGGGGCAAGCCCCACCCCAGGCGAGGUGGCAAAGCACCUUCAGGCGCAUAAAGUGGGCAGCAACUCCGAGCUGGAUUUUUCAACUUUCCUGACUAUAAUGUACAGGCAAAUGCAGCAGGAAGACCCAGAGAAUGAAAUAAUGCUGGCGAUGCUAAUGACGGAUGAGCAGAAGACCGGCUUCAUCCCAGUGGCAGAGCUGAAGGCAAAGCUGACCAGCCUCGGAGAAAAGCUGUCUGAGGAAGAAGUGAACAACCUUCUGAAGGAAGCCAAAGUGGGACAAAACGGGCUUGUCAAGUACGAAGACCUGGUCAAGUCCAUCACCCUUCCGCUUGCGGUGGACCACUGAGGGCCAGGAUCGGGGCCAUGCAGAGUCCUUUCGGUCACCUUUGGGAUCUUCACCGUUUGCUUACCUUAAAAAAUAAAACCUUUGCCUGCUGUAA